AUAUUCCUCUGAUAAUAAAUAACUUUUCGUUAAUUUUUUUGAUUUUCAUCAUUUAUAAAGAUGUAUUCAAAUUGUUGCUAAGCAACUCAAGUGUACACAAAUCACCUCAUAUAGUUCUAUAAUAAAAUAGAAGCUUACGUUACUCGAAGUGCAGCAAUAUGAUUACAAAUCUAAACAAUUUUGAAUAUUUUUAAUAAGUUGAUAUUAGUGAUCAUUAAAUAUCGUAAUGUUACUUAAAUAUUUGGGCAAUGUUAUGCCCCAACAGGAUAGCGAAAAUCGAGUAGUGAGUAUAGUUUGGUCACCAAAUAAUUUAAAACUUGCUAUUGCUUCCUCUGAUCGUUCUAUAUAUCUCUUUGAUGAGAAUUGUGUAAAACGAGAUAGAUUUUCCACAAAACCUAUUGAUUCAAAGUUUGGUAAAAAGAGUUACGUGAUCAAAAGUAUUGCAUUUUCCCCAGACUCGACAAAAAUAGCAGUAGGCCAAACUGAUUGUAUAAUUUAUGUAUAUAAAAUUGGAGAACAAUGGGGAGAGAAGAAAGUAAUUUGCAACAAAUUUCGUCAAAGUUCUCCAGUAACUUGUUUAAUUUGGUUAAUUGAAGGACCAAUUAUUGUUGGUUUGGUAGAUGGUAAGGUUCGUGUAGCAUUGGUGAAGUCUCAAAAGGCUCAAACACUUUAUACGGCUGAUUCGACAACAAUUGCAUUGGUUUCAAAUAUACGAGGAACUGCUUUUCUAUCAAGUCACGCUGAUGGUAGUAUUAUAAAAUAUAAUUUAACCGAUGAUGGAAAUCAUGAACCUUCUGGACGUAUUUGUACUCAUACCGUACCAGCAUAUGCAUUAGCCUGGACUCAGUCUCAUAUUCUGGCUGCAGGAUGUGAUAGACGCGUAAUAUUUUAUGAUACUCGUGGUAAAAUAGUAAAAACUUUUGAUUAUAGUCGCGAAAACGAGAAAGAAAUCGCAGUAGCUUGCUGCAGUCCUAGUGGACAGAGUAUUGCUAUCGGUUCUUGGGAUAAAAUACGAAUCUUGGAUUGGAGUCCUCGACGUUCAAUCUGGGAGGAGGCUAAUACAAGAUCAUUACCUAAUUUUUAUACUGUCACAGCAAUAUCUUGGCGUCGUGAUGGUUCCAGAUUACUCAUAGGUAGUCUUUGUGGAGCCGUAGAACAAUUUGAAACAGUGUUGAAAAGAACAGUGAUCAGAGGAAGUCACGAAGUAGCUUAUGUUGGACCUAGUCAAGUGAUUAUUCGUCCACUACAUGAGGGCAAUCGACCUGUGAUCAUUAGAUCACAAACAGGAUAUGAAAUAGAAGAUGUCAAAGUUUUAGGAAGAAGUGACAAUAAUGUGGUAGCUCGCACUACUAGAACUUUACUUCUUGCUGAUAUUGAAUUUAAUCUCAUCAGUGAAAUUCCUUGGGAAGAAAAAACUAAUACCGAAAAAUUCUUUUUUGAAUAUCCAAGAGUAUGCUUAAUCUUCUGCUCAGGAGAAUUAACCAUUGUGGAAUAUGGAAAUAAUGAAGCUUUAGGCUCAGUAAGAACAGAAGCAAUUAAUCCUCACGUAGUCAGUGUAAGGAUUAAUGAAAGACAAAUUGCUGGAACACCAGACAUCAAAAGACUUGCUUAUUUACUGGAUUCUAGAACUGUUCGAAUAAUGGAUUUAAUAACUGGGCUUACUGUUGCAAUGAUUUCUCAUGAUGUGCGUGUAGAUUGGUUGGAACUGAGUGAAACGGGUCAUAGAUUAUUGUCUAGAGAUAAAAGAGCCAGGUUAUGGCUCAGUAAUGAAUUAGGUGGAAAAACUUUAUUGCUAACUGGAGUCAGUUUUGCUUCCUGGGUGCUAGGUAGUGAUGUAGUAGUGGCUCAAACUGGACAAACUUUGGCAGUUUGGUAUAAUGUCGAUGCUCCUGAAGUAGCUACUUUAAUUCCUGUUCGUGGUGAUGCUAUAGAUGUUGUUAGAGAAGAUGGAAGAACUUCUAUCACAGUAGAAGAACUUGGAGGCAAAGUAGCCUACUUGUUAGAUGAAUCAUUAAUAGAAUUUGGAACAGCAUUACAUGACAAUGAUUUUGGUAAAGCAUUAUUAUUUCUAGAGGAUUUAGCUGAUAGACCCCAAGCAGAAGCUAUGUGGGAAAAUGUAGCCAGAAAUGCAAUGGCUGCCAGACAGCUAUUAAUAGCUGCCAGGUGUUAUGCUGCUCUUGGAGAUGUAGCCUGUUCUAGAUUUCUAAAAAAUAUAAUAGAAAUUGGUGAAAAAUAUAGUGUAGAGACUGGACAUGAUCCACUUUCAAAUUCAGAUUGUUGGGCAAAACUUGCAAUUCUAAAUGGUGAAUUAAAAACUGCAGAAGCAAUUUAUUUAGAACAAAAUGAAUUAAACCAAGCUUUGGAUAUGUAUCAAAAAUAUUGGCAUUGGGAAGAUGCACUAAUUUUGGCACAAAACAGAGGAUGGUCAGGUCUCCAGGAACUUAGAGAUAAACAUUUGACUUGGUUACUUGAAAGUGGUCAAACAGCUAGAGCUGCUGCUAUUUUAGAAUCUACUAAUCCUCGACGAGCAGUCAAAUUAUAUUUAGAUGCUCGUCGACCUGGUCGAGCAGCUCGACUUGCCUUGGCCAAUGACGAAUUACUGGAAGAUAGAUCGAUUGUUAAUGAAAUUUUGAAAGUUUUAAAAGUAACAGACUUAAUGGAAUUAGCUGGAGAAUUGUUAGAGAAAAUUUCGGAACCUUUGGAAGCUAUUAAGUGCUACUCCCAAGCUGGCGUAUUUGCAAGAGCAUUAGAACUGUCCAGAAAAGUGGAUCCUACAUCUGUGGUUGAACUUGAACGAGAUUGGGGCAAACAUUUGGUUUCUGCUGGUCAUUAUGAUGCAGCUAUUAAUCAUUUCAUAGAAGCAGGAGAAACUGCUUUAGCUCUAGAUGCUGCUAUUAAUGCACGACAAUGGAGAAAAGGUCUACAGAUUAUGCAGGUAAUUGAGGAUGAUGAUCUUGCAAUAAAGAAACAGUGUGAAAAAUUAGCUGAAUAUUUCGCUUCCAUAGGCGAGAAAAACUUAGCAGAAAAACUCUUUAUUCGUUCUGGAGAUAUUAAACGUGCAGUAGAUGUUCACAUACAAAAUGGUAACUGGAGUCGUGCCCAUGAAGUGGCAUUGGAGUACAUGACUUCUGAGGAAGCAAAUGAAAUCUUGACUAAACAUGCUAUAGCUCUUUGUGAAGCAGGAGAUCUUAAGCAUGCUGAAGAUCUAUAUCUUGCUAUUGGUAAAUAUGACUCAGCUAUAGCAAUGUAUAGGAAAGCUGGUCGUCGUGCAGAUAUGAUCAGAUUGGUAGGAAAAUAUAGACCAGAUCUUCUAGAAACAACUCAUAUACAUUUAGCCAAAGAAUUAAAUGAUUCUGGCAAACCUCGAGAAGCAGAGGAGCAUUAUCUUGCAGCUGGUGAUUGGAAAGGUGCAGUGACUGCUUUUAGAUCAGCCAAUAUGUGGGAAGAUGCUCUUCGUGUGGCAAAACAAAAUGCUGGAAGCAAUGCAGCCCAACAGGUUGCUUUAAUAUGGGCACGUACCCUUACACCCGAAUUAGCUGCACGAUUAUUAAUGCAACUUAAUUAUUUAGAUGAAUGUUUACAAUUAGCUUGCGAAACUGAUCUGUUUGAUUGGGCUUUGGAGAUUAUUAAAUAUGGAAAUACUGAUCAAAAGAAGGAAGUUCACUAUAGAUAUGCUAUGGCAUUAGAAGAUGCAGGUCGCUUCUCUGAGGCGGAAAAAGAAUUCAUCAAAGCUGAAAGAACUAUUGAAGCUGUUCAAAUGUAUAUUCAUACUCGGGAUUGGGAAGCAGCUGAAGAUGUAGCACAAUCAAUCAAUCAAGAAGCCGUUGUUCAAGUCCUUAUUGCUAGAGCUAAUGAGGCAGCUGAAGCACAGGACUAUUCUUUAGCUGAGACUUUGCUUUUGAGAGCACAUAAACCUGAAAUGAUUAUCGAACAUUAUAAGAAAGCAGGAAUGUGGUCCGAGGCAUUACGAGUUUGCAGAGAAUAUUUACCUAGUCAAGAAGCAAAUCUUCGACGUGAAUUAGGUCAAAAAAGUGCUUCUCUUGCAGGUACGAACGCGUUUGAAGAAGCUAGAAAAUGGUUAGAAGUCGGUGAAGUGAAGGCUGCCUUAGAUAUCUUGAUUUUGGAUCCUCAAGCACCUAGAUCGUCUCUUAUCAAAGCUGCUGAUAUUUUACUGCAUCAAGCUGAUCCAGAAACUGCUGUCCAAGUCGGUGGAGAUCUUGGUUCACGAUUAUUUUCUAUUGGAGAAUAUGCUAUUGCUGCCCAGGUAUUCUUACAAGCAGAUAGAUUAAAAGAUGCUAUUGAUGCAUUAGCUUCAAUUGGAGAAUGGGAAAAAGCUAAACGAAUUGUGAAUGAACUGGCACCAAAUAUAGAACCUUAUCUCGAAGAAAAGUAUAAGGAAGCAAUGCUCAGAGAUGGACAAAUAGAUAAACUCGUGGAAAUAGAUGUAGAUGCUGGACUUGAGAUAUUGGCUAACAAAGGUCAUUGGAAUCAAGUAUUUGAAACUGCAAACAUUCAAGGAACUCAAAUUUUACAUAAAUAUGUGGCACAAAGAGCAGUGCAACUUCUAAAAGGAAAUACUCCAUUAGAAGCUUUACAAUUGUAUGUUAAAUAUGGAACUCCUCCCAUUCAACAAAAUUUUAAUUUGUAUCUGCAAUUAUCAGAAAGUGUCUUAAAUUCAGAAGCAUAUUGUGAAUAUAGAUAUUUAGCUCUCUUGAGAACUGUUCUUUUAAACCUUUGGAAUAAUCUAAAAUCAUUAGAAUCUGGUUUAAAAUUUAAAUUUAAGAAAUUACUUGAAGUUACACAUUAUUCAGCAGUAAAAUGUGGUUGCAAUGAUUAUCCUGUACUUUCUGAACUGGUUUUAAAAACCUCCAUUACUUUAUUGAGAUAUACUGAUGUUCUUCUGGCUGACAGAGCUUACUAUGAAGCUGGAAUUGAAGCACGAGCAGUUGGAAAAAACAGUGAGGCUUUCGUUUUUCUGAAUCACUUCCUGGAUUUGGAGGAAUGUAUUGAAGAAGGUGAUAGUACUGUAUUAGAUGUUGAUGAUUUGGCCGUAACAGAUUUUCCAAUGGAAGUUCCUUUGCCAGAAACAUUAAGUUUAACAACAGAACAAAGAGAAGAAGUUCGUGAAUGGGUUCUUGCUGUAUCUAUGGAUCAGAAAAUAGAACAGAUUCUCCCUACAGAUCAUAGAGGAGUGUAUAUAGGAUCAUUAAGUGCUCACUCUAUUGGUUCUACAAAUCUUCAAGGUUGUAUACUGACUGGUUAUCCUAUUCGAGGUCCAAUAAUUAGAUUUUCAGAGGGCGAGCAUGUGGCAGAUCGCGAUGACUGGACAAAAUUGAUUAAUACUGCGCGUCAAGCUCCCCAAGAUUCAAAUCUUAAUGACAUUUUAGCUUUUAUUCAAGAAUGGUUUGGAACAAUUUCAAAUUAUUCGUUUUGAAGACAUUAUUAUUUAUUCAAUUCUUAUGAUAUUAAAUUAGAAACGCAAUUGCAGAAACAUAAAUUUUAAUGUAAAUAUGAAUACAUUAAGAAUAUUUUAGUUCCAUGUACAUACAUAAAAUAUAUUUCACAAUCUA